UAGCAAUACUGGAUCAAUAUAUAUCAGUUAAUAAUACUAUCAGUAACUAUAAUGGAAGUUAUGGUGUUAAUGUUAUUCGAGAUUCAAUGCACAGUGUUUUUAUUGAGCUUAUCUCUGUGCCAUCACCACAUUGUGAGAAGAAAUUGUUUGUUAAAGAUAAAUCUGAUGGUUCUGUACUGGUUGAUGAUGAAAUACUAAGUGUUGAUUAUAAGAAUAUCACAUUAAAACCUCAUAAAAAAUACAGAUUGUCAACUGAAGUUAAGAAUUUGAGGGGUAAAGUUGAAGAUACAGAAUACACCGAUAUAUCUACAUAUAAUGUACAAGAUGUGCUAGUAUCUACAUAUACCAAUGGAUCAGUUAGUGUACAGUGCGUAUUUGUACCAGGAUCACGUCCUGAUGGAUGUUAUGUUACUUUUACACACACUGUCACUGGAAAGAAUGACUCCCUUACUUUAACUGGAUCAGAUGAUAGUACACUGAUAGCUUUACCAACUGAUGGAGUCUAUGAUGUAUAUGUUUAUGAUAUUGUUAAUCGAUUGUUAUAUGGACCUGCUGUUCAAUUAACAAUCACAGCUACCGGUACUACUUCCAGCACUACUGUAUCUCCUAGUGAACCUUCAGACAAUACUGAACUUCCAACAAGUCAAUUAGGAAUUAUUGUUGGAAGUGUUGUUUUCUUUGUCAUAAUAAUACUAUUGACAAUAGUCUUUGUAGUAUUUUUAUGGAAUAAUCGGACUCAAUUUCUAAAACCUGUUAAAGAUUGUCUUGAUUCAUGUAAAUCACCACAACAUAGUACUAAUCAAAGUGAUGCAGGACAAUUAGUAAUGGCCACAACAUCUAACCAAUCAAGUUAUCAAGGACUAGGACAGCAAGAAAGCACUAUUCAAGGAUCAUCUGAG